UGUCGUUAAUUAGGUCUGUUUUGUUGGAGAUUCACGCAAUGCGUGUAAUUGGGGUCGGGCGAUUAAUCGAUCGGUACGUGCCAAUUUAUGUCUAAGGAGAUUUUUGCCAUCGCACGCCUGGACACGCUCCAAAUAUUUCACAUUUUGGCAGAAGUCAGGUAUGUGUACGAUCCUCGAACAUCAAUCCAGUUCAAAGCGUGAAUACAAUUAAAUGUAUUUGAUAGAAAAUUACUUAUCGAUAGGUACGGUAGAUAAUUUCAGAUUUGAAUUUGAUUUUAUCAACGAGUACCUGUCGAUACUACAGUGAUCGAUGGCGUGUGCUUGUCGAUAAUAUCGUGAUCGAUUACAAAUACAGUAGGAUCACCAGUGGAUUACCCAUGGUUACAAAGGUAAAACAGUCGUAUAUGAAAAAGUAAAAUAAAACUACUAAAGUUAUUCAUUUAAUAAAUUUGUCAAACUUUUUACUCUCAAUUUUUAUUAUUAUUUCUUUUACAGAUUUCCAUUCACUUUUAUCAGUGGAAUAGAAAAGUAAUAAAACGUCGAACUUUCUGCAAAUUUCACCUCUCCAAGGAGAUAUUGUAAUCGAUUGUAAGUACUCAUCCAUAUCAGUUAUCGAUUCGCAAGACCAAAUCUUGUAGUAACUUAGUUAUUUGUUUGCGCAGAUAGUGGAACACGUAACACAGAGCGAUGAAAAAUCCAGGCCGGGGGUAGAAUGGUCCAUAAAACAAAUUAGAGCCAAGAACUUAAAUUUGGCAUCGACCAAUUGCAGACGCCGCGACGACGACGUGGUAUGUUUCUUGUAGUCAACCUAAAUCCUAAACAAGCAUGACACUCUCGCAGCCAAGAGUUUCUCGUUCCUCGUUCCGCGCGAUGCAGGUUAACAAAGGACACAUAUUUGUUGUUUUUAUUUUUUGUUUUAGUUCACGAUACACAGCGACUGUUAGCACGUGCAAACUUCGUCUUUUAGCAAAGGUAACAAAUAGACGAUGGGAGGGAGUUUGAAAAAGAUCCAGGAGUUCCUCUGCGAGGACAGGUACGUAUAGUCGAAACACUUCAUUGGAAUUCGUAUUCUGCUGAAUAAUAAUACCGAUAUCCUCGGAACGACGAUAAUAUUAUCCCUGAAAUGCAGUUCGAACUACCCGCAUGCACGUGGAUCCCCAAAAGCAGCAUCACACGCGUGCUCAGUACCGAACGAAGGCGUGGACUUUAAGGAUUGCAGCUCAGAGGUCCCAGAAAAUACUUUUAGCGAUUGCGGCACGGGGAGCGGACAAAUCGGAAGACACGCCAUGUAUCGACGACAGCCGGUUUUAUCGGAACCCCAAUGCACCGGCUCGCAACGUUUGGUCGCCAAUUGAGUGCGCCAAGUAUUACCUCUGCUUAGACAACGAGGUGUUCGAGUUCAAAUGCUCCCAAGGUCUGCUGUUCGAUGUCUCCAGGCAGAUGUGCGACUUCAAGGCGAACGUCGACAACUGCGACGUGACCUCAGAGACGCAACCACCGAGACCGCUACUCGGGGACGGUGACUGCGAGGAGAAGCAUUUGGCUUGCGGUGACGGUACGUGCUUUCCGGCUGCAUACUUUUGCGACGGGAGCGUUGACUGUCCCGAUGGCUCCGACGAAGGCUGGUGUGACGUUCGAAACGAUCCGAACGGCGCGUUACCCUGCAAUCCAAAGGAAUGCCAGUUGCCAAAUUGCUGGUGCUCCGAGGACGGAACGAAGAUUCCUGGUAACUUGACGGUAUCGACGAUCCCUCAGAUGAUAACGAUCACUUUCGACGACGCCGUGAACGCUGAGAACUUCGAGCUUUACGCCAAAAUAUUUUCCAACGACAGGAAGAACCCGAAUGGGUGCCCCGUCCGCGGGACUUUCUACGUCAGUCAUCAGUACACCAAUUACAGAGACGUGCAGUAUUUGUGGAACGUUGGACACGAGAUCGCCGCGCACUCUGUCACGCAUCGUGGGCCCGAGGAGUGGUGGUCGCGAAAUGCCACUAUCGAGGACUGGUUUGAUGAGAUGGUUGGUGUGGCAAAUAUCAUCAAUAAAUAUGCUGGAGUUAGGCUGAAAGACAUCAAUGGUUUAAGGGCGCCCUUCUUACGCGUCGGUUGGAACAGGCAAUUUCUGAUGAUGUCGGAAUUUGGCUUUGUCUACGAUUCUUCCAUGCUGGUCCCCUUUUCUAAUCCGCCUAUUUGGCCCUACACGUUAGACUACAAACCUCCUCACGAUUGCAUAGGUCCUGAGCAACUCUGUCCAACUCGUUCGUAUCCAAAUCUCUGGGAACUUCCACUAAAUCAACUUUUGGCAGAUAAAUACGUCUGCACGAGGAUGGAUUCAUGUUCACCGAAUUUAUCGGGCGAAGAUGUGUACAACAUUCUGAUGUUCAACUUCAAAAGGCAUUACCUCAGCAAUCGUGCCCCACUGGGUCUACAUUUACACGCAUCUUGGUUUCAGAAUCCAAUGUACUUUUACGUCUUGACUAAAUUUAUGGACGACGUACUCCGUUUGAAUGACGUGUAUUUCGUGACGAGCUAUCAAGUCAUCGAAUGGAUGCGUAAGCCAACGUCCUUAGACACCAUCGAGAGUUUCGAGCCUUGGCGAUGUGACAAGCGACAAUUUAAGUCAUACGAAAUUGCUUGCGAUUUACCUAGCAGUUGUAAAUUACCUAGCAGAGUACUCAAGUCGUAUCGUUAUUUAAAUACAUGUUUCGAAUGUCCCAAAGAAUAUCCAUGGCUGAGAAACGAGUUUGGAUCGGAAUGA